CACCAUGUUCGGCUCGCGUCGCAGUCGACGCUCGCUUGCGACUUCUCUUCUAGUUCGUGGCAGGCGCUAGCGUUUUAUUGUCUUCCUCGUUCUGUCGAUGAUGCCCUUCUCUCACUCCCCCAUCUCCCACACAUUAUUGCCGCCUCUACUACUGGCACAUUACCGAGUCAGCACGAAACUCGACGACGUCCAGGGGAAUUUGACAACCGCCACAUCGUUGGUGAUAAGUACCAAGACGCUCAUGGCGGAGUUUCGCACAGAAGCAGUUUCGAAUGCUGAGGCAACUGCAGCACAGCUCACUAUCUCGGUCGGAAAGUUGGAGACGUCAGAUGCUCACUGCACCAUUUCCACCGAGAGGUUCAAUGCAGUCGAAACAAAUGUUCGAGACAUGAACGCGUCAUCUGUACCCAAAUUUGGUGGUCUCGAAGCUUCUAUACACACCAAAAUACCCUCGGUUCGAGUUGAGACUGAGAAGAUCGGUGAUCAAGUCCGAGCCACUGACAGCACCCUGAGUACAUUCCAGUGCGACAUUGAUCAGGUCAAAGGCUCCCUUUCAGACAUCAGGAGCACUGUGGAGAAGCACACCGACGCCUCCGCUACUGGCUUCGAUAGUAUCGGCAGUUCUAUGAACGAUAUUCGCACAGAUCUCCGAGACGCUCGCGAUCCGGCGCGAGAGGAGAUACUCGCUGCCACCAGAGAUGAGACUUGCGACCUGUCGAGGGGUUUGAUCAUCGGUAUCAACAGUCUGUGGACGAAGAAGAUCAAGCCUCUCGGUGCAGCCAUCCGCAUACGAGACGAAGAGAUGUCUACCCGAGUUGAAAAACUGGCUACACGGACCGAACUGGCGGAGGUGAUGAAGAGAAUGGAGCUCAUCAAGACUGCUAGUCAACCACGGCAGCAAGAGGAUAUCGUAGCCGCAAUCACCAUCGCCACGCUCGUCGACGUAAACAAAAGCCUCGCCGAUGCGAGCCGCAGUCAAUCCCUGAAAGAUACUCUCGUCACAUCUACGAUAGCCCAAUUGAUAGGCUCGACGAGACAGCUGGUGGACUCCAACAGACAGUCAGUCGGCGCGUGCGAGUCCCUCACCACUUGGAACAAAACACUGACGCAGACCAACUACGUCUCGUCCGCCAGAAUAGCAAUGGGUGUUCUGGCUGCUAAUCAGCAGGCUCAGCACUUGCAUGUCGCUCGUGGCCAGAUCACUGAGCUCACACACGAGAAGCGGUCACUAGUUACUGAACGUGCUGUGAUAGAAUUAUAG